AUGGGCAUGGUCUUGAUUUUGAUCUUCUUCUUCUUCUCUCUCAUUAGCUCUAUAUCACCUUCUUAUGGGUUUGACCCACUUGAUCCUUAUGGCAACAUAACCAUCAAAUGGGAUCUUCUUCUAUCGAAUUCCGGUACAAAUAAUGUGAUGGUAUCAAUUUACAACUUCCAACAAUAUCGCCAUGUGGAACCACCAGGCUGGAAAUUGAAUUGGGCAUGGAAAGGCAAAGAGGUGAUAUGGUCAAUGCAGGGAGCUGAGGCUACUGAGCAAGGAAACUGCACUGAAUUCAAGGAAUCAACCCUUCCUCAUUGUUGUGAGAAGGAGCCAUUCAUUGUAGACCUUCUUCCCGGAACCAAUUAUAAUGCCCAAACCCAAAAUUGUUGCAAGGGAGGUGUACUGUCAUCCAUGAAGCAAGAUCCUUCCAAGUAUGUUGCUACUUUUCAGAUGGCUGUCGGAGGUUCUGGCACCAAUUCCCAAUUUAUAAUGCCGGAUAAUUUCACACUUGGAGUUCCAGGCUAUAGUUGUGGGGGUGCAGUUAAGGUAGAACCCAGCAGGUACACAACAGAUGGAGGCCGGCGAUGGACACAGGCUCUUGCGACAUGGAAUGUGACCUGCAUGUACUCCCAGAGUUUAGCAUCACCUACACCAAGAUGUUGUGUUUCCUUGUCUGCAUUCUACAAUCAAACUAUUGUUUCGUGCCCCAGAUGCAGCUGCGGCUGCCAAGGACAACCUGGAACAAAAUGUGUAAAGUAUGGUGAGACCCCACCAUUGCUGAAACAAAAUCAAGAUCCAACACCUGUAGUAAGGUGCUCCGAGCAUAUGUGCCCAAUAAGGGUGCAUUGGCAUCUGAAAGAAAGUUACAAACAAUAUUGGAGGGCUAAAAUGACAGUUACAAAUUUCCACAUCAUGAAAAAUUAUUCAGAAUGGAACUUGGUGGUGCUACAUCCCAACCUGCAAAGUCUGACACAGGUUUUCAGCUUCAACUACGCACCCCUCAAUCGAUACGGAUAUAUCAAUGAUACUGGGAUGUUUUGGGGGCUUCCAUUUUACAAUGACAUUUUACUACAAGAAGGAAAGGAUGGGAAUUUACAGACUGAAAUUUUACUACGCAAAGAUCCAGGGAUUUUUACUUUCAGAGAAGGUUGGGGCUUCCCUCGAAAGAUUCAAUUUAAUGGUGAUGAAUGUGUCAUGCCUCCACCGGAUGAAUAUCCAUCGCUGCCCAACAAGGGGCAGAGUGCCUCUGCUACCACACCUUUCAUAAUUCUGUUCUCUUUGUUUCUCGCAUUUAUGCUUUAAAAUUGUCUCCACAUUAGUAUUUGUUUUUUUGCUAG